CGAGAUAAUUAGUUUUGCUGAUGGGAAAUAAAACCGCAGUGAAAAGACACAGGCUGCGGCAGAUAGUACUCUGCCGCACUGCAAGGGGGCGUACGUGAAACUGGACUUUCCGUUAAAAGUGGACGCGGUUAACACAACGCCGGAGCUAAAAGGUUUGCUUCAAACUAUGGGACAGAGGAUAACUCGCGCUUUUCAAACGGACUGGUACACCCGAAAAGACUGUCUAUGUGGCUGUCCUUCGAAAAAUCGCCUUUGCUGCUUUCCCUGCCUUUUCUUCUCAACUUGUGCCAAUGUCUGGACUAACACGAGAUAUUGUGACAUUAAAAAACUACCACGAAGCCUCAGCAAACAUGAGAGCUCGACCACUCACAUUCAAAGCCUGUUUGCUUUAAAAACUUUUGGAAGCUCAAGGAUCGAUUUGGCUUUGACGAACAGCGGAAGCUCAACGGUAGCAUCCUCAAAAGCUAAGCAUGGUGGAAUACUCGCUGGACCUGCAGAACAUCAACUUCACGGCAAUCAGAACCGUGCGAGUGCUGCGACCGCUCAAAGCCAUCAACAGAGUGCCAAGCAUGCGCAUCCUGGUCAACCUACUGCUGGACACGCUGCCCAUGCUGGGUAACGUGCUGCUGCUUUGCUUCUUUGUCUUCUUCAUCUUCGGUAUCAUUGGCGUGCAAUUGUGGGCAGGGCUGCUGAGGAACCGCUGCUACCCAGAGGAGAAUUUUACUCGAAUGACGGGCAUCCAGCUUCCCCGUCCAUACUACAUGGCGGACGAGGACGACGAGCGUCCGUUCAUCUGUUCUCUCCCGGUGGACAACGGCAUUAUGUCAUGCCAAGAUGUACCAGCACGGCGUGAGGGAGGUCGCACCUGCUGCCUGGACAAGGAUGACAUCCUCUACCGCCGCUCGCUGGGCCUCAGCGUAGAGCCCCCACCCAACGGCAGUGUCGGGGCAUCAGGCCUUUGCGUCAAUUGGAACCAAUACUAUACCAGGUGUCACACUGGAUUCAGUAACCCGCACAAGGGGGCCAUAAACUUUGACAACAUUGCCUACGCCUGGAUCGUCAUCUUCCAGGUGAUCACGCUGGAGGGCUGGGUGGAGAUCAUGUACUACGUGAUGGAUGCGCAUUCCUUCUAUAACUUCCUCUACUUCAUCCUGCUCAUCAUUGUGGGGUCAUUCUUCAUGAUCAACCUGUGCCUGGUGGUGAUUGCCACGCAGUUUUCGGAGACCAAGCAACGUGAGCACCAGCUGAUGCAGGAGCAGCGAGCGAGAUGCUCGUCUUCAUCGACACUGGCCAGCCAGCCCGGGGACUGCUACGAGGAACUCUUCCAGCUCCUCUGCCAUGUCAUCCGCAAAGUCCGCCGACAGACCAUUGCAUUCUUCAAUGCCCUGCGUGGCAAACCACGAGGAUUCCGCGGUGUUGGCAGAGGUCGGCGGGCAGACGACCCCAGGGAACGAAAGGCCAACAGGAGGGGAGGGCGGGGUGCCCACAAAGUUUUGAGACCUGGCCCACCUUUGCACCAUCAUAAGAGACCCAACCAAACCUCCACCGACGAGUCCACCGCAGUUACCGAUGGGGUGACACCCAUCAGGGGCGAAGGUGAGGCAGCGCAGGAUGGCGAGGCCGAAUUGGUAGACUCAGCCAAUCCAGAAAGGACCGGAGAGCGCUGUGGGAGGUUGUGGUACGACACCAGAAUGAAGUUGUGGGGCAUCGUUGAGAGCAAGUACUUCAACAGAGGCAUCAUGAUCGCCAUCCUUAUCAAUACAAUUAGCAUGGGCAUAGAGCAUCAUCAGCAGCCUGAGGAACUGACCAACGUUCUAGAGAUCUGCAACAUCGUGUUCACUAGCAUGUUUUCCCUGGAGAUGAUCCUCAAAGUCACUGCAUUUGGCUCCUUCAACUAUCUGAGGAACCCCUACAAUGUCUUUGAUGGCAUCAUUGUCAUCAUCAGCGUGUGUGAGAUCGUGGGGCAGUCUGAUGGUGGCCUAUCGGUGCUACGGACUUUUAGACUUCUGCGGGUCCUCAAGCUAGUUAGGUUCAUGCCCGCUCUUAGGCGACAGCUUGUGGUCCUUAUGAAGACCAUGGACAACGUGGCUACCUUCUGCAUGUUGCUCAUGCUCUUCAUCUUUAUCUUCAGUAUUUUGGGAAUGCACAUCUUUGGCUGCAAGUUUAGCCUGAAGACGGAGACAGGAGAUACAGUGCCGGACAGGAAGAACUUUGACUCGUUGCUGUGGGCCAUCGUCACCGUCUUCCAGAUUUUGACUCAAGAAGACUGGAAUGUGGUCUUGUACAACGGUAUGGCGGCCACAUCACCACUUGCCGCGCUGUACUUUGUGGCCCUAAUGACUUUCGGGAAUUAUGUCCUCUUCAACCUGCUGGUUGCCAUCUUGGUCGAGGGUUUUCAGGCAGAGGGAGAUGCCAAUCGUUCUUAUUCUGACGAUGACCACUCCUCUUCCAACUUUGAUGAGAGUGAGAAGCACGAUUCCAUAAAAUUGUCAGACCCCAGAAUCAGUACCUUGACGCCCAAUGGACACCUGGAGCUGGGGACUUCAACAGGGUCCAAGGGGGGCUUGCAUUCUUCCAAAAGGCAGAGCUUUACCGCCGAGUCCCGAAACAGCAGCGUGGUUAGCGGUGGGAAGUGGAGCCUAGAGAGACGAUCUCUUUCGCUGCGUCACGGUCGCACUUCCAAUUAUCACAACUGGGGGCGCCCAUUCCAUCCUCAAUCUGUGUGGAGCCGCAGGUCCAGCUCCAACAGUCUGGGCCGGAGGAACUACGGCUUUGGCGGGGCCCCUCUGGUAGGGGGAAGCCUCCGUUUACACAGCACCCACACUCGUUACACAUGCCCCCACCCUGCAGAACAGGAGUCUCUCCUCUCCCGGUCCCUGCAUCCUCAACAUCCCGCAACAACUCAGGGUCCUCCCCCGGCCGGAAUUUUCCUCUCCAGGAGGGACCGCCGGGCGCUGUCACUGGAGUUACCGGAGCUCAUCCAGGCAGUGGGGCAGGGAGUCUUCCCUCCUGCCACCAAUGCAAAAGUGGAGUACGGGAAGAGAAGCAGGGGGUCUUUUGCAGGGGGUUCUGGCACAGAGAGCGGUGUCGGAACAGACCACCGGGACUGCAACGGCAAGGCACCCCAUAGCCGACUGAUGGUUGAUGUUUUCCCACAAGUCAAUGCACGCAAGGAGCGAGCAGACCUGGAUGAAGAAACGGAUUAUAGUGUUUGUUUCCGCAUGCAAAAGAUGAUUGAGGUGUACAAGCCGGACUGGUGUGAAAGCAGAGAGGACUGGUCAGUCUACCUCUUUUCACCUCAAAACAAGUUCAGGGCACUUUGCAAGUCCAUCAUUGCUCACAAGCUCUUUGACUACGUGGUCCUGGUCUUCAUCUUUCUCAAUUGCAUCACGGUGGCUCUGGAGAGGCCCAGGAUCCAAGGCAGCCUGGAAAGGCUUCUCCUCACCAUUUCCAAUUAUGUCUUUACUGCCAUCUUUGUGGCCGAGAUGACCCUUAAGGUGGUGUCGAUGGGCCUUUAUCUGGGCGAGACAGCCUACUUGCGGAGUAGCUGGAACAUUCUGGAUGGCUUCUUGGUCUUUGUAUCGCUUAUCGACAUCGUAGUUUCCAUGGCAGGUGGCGCUAAAAUCCUUGGCGUGCUCCGCGUCCUUAGGUUACUGCGUACAUUGCGUCCUCUCAGAGUCAUCAGCAGAGCUCCGGGUCUAAAGCUGGUGGUUGAGACUCUCAUUACCUCUCUUAAACCCAUUGGCAAUAUUGUCCUUAUUUGCUGUGCCUUUUUCAUCAUCUUUGGAAUUCUUGGAGUUCAGUUGUUCAAAGGCAAGUUCUACUACUGCGUGGGUCUUGAUGUGAAGAACAUUACCAACAAGUCCAACUGCCUGGCCGCCAACUACAGAUGGGUGCACCACAAAUACAACUUUGACAAUCUUGGCCAGGCUCUGAUGUCCUUGUUUGUGCUGGCCUCCAAAGAUGGUUGGGUGAACAUCAUGUAUCACGGACUUGAUGCGGUUGGCAUCGACCAGCAGCCGGUGAUCAACAACAACCCAUGGAUGCUUCUCUACUUCAUCUCGUUCCUGCUCAUCGUCAGCUUCUUUGUACUCAACAUGUUUGUGGGUGUGGUAGUGGAGAAUUUCCACAAGUGUCGCCAACACCAGGAGGUGGAAGAGGCCAGGCGGCGUGAGGAGAAGCGCCAACAACGCAUGGAGAAGAAAAGGCGCAAGGCCCAGAAACUUCCUUACUAUGCCUCCUAUGGCCCGGUGCGACUGGCCAUCCACACGCUCUGCACCAGCCACUACCUGGACCUGGUCAUCACUUUCAUUAUCUGCAUCAAUGUCAUCACCAUGUCACUCGAGCACUACAGCCAGCCUCAGUCUCUAGAGACAGCACUGAAGUACUGCAACUACUUCUUCACGUCCACCUUUGUCAUUGAAGCAACUCUGAAGCUGGUGGCGUUCGGAUUUCGACGUUUCUUCAAGGACAGGUGGAACCAGUUGGACCUGGCUAUCGUGUUGCUGUCUGUUAUGGGCAUCACGUUAGAGGAGAUUGAGAUCAAUGCCUCCCUACCCAUCAAUCCGACAAUCAUCAGGAUCAUGAGGGUGCUUAGGAUUGCGAGAGUGUUGAAGUUGCUUAAAAUGGCAACCGGGAUGAGAGCUUUACUCGAUACUGUUGUCCAAGCUCUGCCUCAGGUGGGAAAUCUCGGCCUGCUGUUUAUGCUACUAUUCUUUAUCUAUGCUGCUCUUGGUGUGGAGCUAUUUGGAGAGUUGGUGUGCAACGUUGACUAUCCGUGCGAGGGAAUGAGCCGUCAUGCCACCUUCGAAAACUUCGGAAUGGCAUUCCUCACACUCUUCCAGGUGUCUACGGGCGACAACUGGAACGGCAUAAUGAAGGAUACACUCCGCGAGUGCCCCCCGGGGCAUCCAGGCAACGACUACGGGUGCCACGCGGGUCUCCAGUUCAUCUCUCCAUUGUACUUCGUUUCUUUCGUGUUGACGGCUCAGUUUGUCCUCAUCAAUGUGGUGGUCGCUGUACUCAUGAAGCAUCUGGAUGACUCCAACAAGGAGGCACAAGAAGAUGCUGAGAUGGAUGCCGAAAUCGAGCUCGAACUGGCUCAGAGCGGCCUCUGCUGCAUGAUUGGUGGCAUUGGGGUCAUAGCAGGGGCUACGGGUGGGGCCGUCGGUGGACUGGUUGCCGCAGCAGGGAUUACUGCAGUGGCAGACACAGUCGGGGGGGCAAGUGGACCUUUGGUGGUUGUGCCAAAAGACGGAGGAGGUUCUGGUGGCAUGGGCGGUCUUCAGGAGGGACACCACCAUAACAGAUGUCGACUUUAUUCUCCUGCUCAGGAAAGCCAGUGGCUAGACAGUGUGUCUCUGCUAAUCAAAGACUCAACGGAAGGUGAUAUGAUCGACAACCUCUCCGGCUCUGUCUUCCAUCAUUACUCCCCCAUCUGCAAAGACUGUGACGGACAUACACAGGAGGUCCGUCUGGCAGAGGUGGAGAGGACUUCACUGAUGUCGGAGCAGCUGUCUGACAAAUCAUCAUCACCGGCACUGCCCGAUGAUCUCAGCCUGGAUGAACACGCAAGCUACCAGAUGUUGAUAGAAGGAAGCCAGGGGGGCAGCAGUGGUGACUCCCACAAUUCGAGUGAGUUGCCCAUAGAGGGGUGCUUUGAGUGGCUCCCUCAUCCAGCCACUUCCAAAGGAGAGCAUGAAGAAGAUCAAAAAGAGGAAAUCCAUCAGCUUUUUGAGUCCAGCAUUCUUCCCCCAUCGAGUCCACCCUCAGGAGAAAGACAAAUUACGACACAUUGCACAGACAGCAAAACACAUGAGCGAGUAAGCUGCAUCGAUGGAGAACUCAGGUCCUCGCCACUCUUCCACCUCCCGGCCGAUUUCUUUCACCCCACCGCCAACCCUCGAGACAGGCCUUUGUCCCGGUUGGCCUCCCCGACCUCCUGGGCAUCCCUCCGCUCACCCGGAGCCAACAGCGGGGUGGCGCACUCAAGGCACGUGUCCCAGAGUGACUCGUCAUCAACCACUAGCAGUCCAGAUGGCUACCGACAAUUGUCUCUCAAGGAGGACCUCAGCUUCAGUAUCUCACCAACUCGGCACCUGGAUCCCCCUUUUCACCUGUCAAACCUUACAACAGUCGAACUGGAUCACUCUACAGUGAAGAAUCACAGCUCUACUGUCCCCCUCCAGGCUACCAAGGGGCACCAGAAGAGCCCCAGCCAGCCGCAGCAGGACUCUGCUGAGCCUCUUGACGAAGGCACUGGGGAGUGUCUGUCGAACACCCUCAACAGUCUUUCAGUGACCUGUCAGCAAACGGAUGUAAAGAGCACGCCAGAAAACGACACAAACUCCCAGAAGAACAGAUGAAACGUUUUGUAAUUCCAUUGUCCUCAGAACUUUUCCAACUAAUUAUGGGAGGACCCAACUUUCUAGUCUUUGAACGGUUUGUUCAAUUUUGCACGGCUGCUUAAGAUAGAUCACCUUCUCUCCGUUCUGGACUGACAGAAAGAAUUAAGAACCCAAGGAUUUGCAUACUACAAUAUGACAGGAAAUUGUUGGGGAGCUUUGCUGUCUGGCAGCAAUCCUCGUGAGGAGAAGCGAUACAGAAGAUUAAUCGUGGAAUCGCAACUGUGGUGGCUUCAACUGAAACUGCCUGACGUCCACGUUUCUAUAGCACUGUUGCUAACAAUAGCAUUAAAUUACAGCUACGUUCUAUUGAGUAAAGGACAUUGACAGGUAAUAUGUCCUGUGAUUUCGUGACUGACUGUCCAUAUAGCUGUCCUCCAAAGACACAUUUCCACCAAGUGGCCCAGUCUAGUUGGUGGACUGGAGGGUAAAUCAACACCCUGACCUUGCACUAAACACAAUUAUUGAUAAUAGACGAUAUGUUUUGAUAGUCUUUGGAAACCAGAAACCCCAAAAAUACUGCUGCUUGGUGGAAACAGGUCUGGAGAUUUUGUCAGGUCUGAAAGUGAACCCCUAAAUAGGGUUUAUAUCUGUAAUAUGUCCUUAUGUUUCACUAGCUUCAUGGUUAGGUAGAGACGCUGGACAACAUAGAGACUUUAGAAAAUGGAAACCCAAAUGAUUUUAUAUCAUACCGAACUGUACUGUUGCCCAGUAGAAUCAGGAAUUUGAAGCUUGUCAGAUCUCAAAGUGAGCCACUAAAAGUGCUUUAGCUUCAGCUACUGUACAAUGUCAGUACGUUAGGCUUUCUUCAUGUUCAGUAAAGACUAUAGUCAACAAAUUCCAAAUGAAAUUGUUUCCUAAUGUACCGUACUGUACUGCUGCUUGGUGGAAACAGGUCUUUCUGAACUCAUCUUGUCUUUCAAAUGAACCACUGCAAGUGGACUGUAGCAGUUUUGUCAGUGUGCUUGACUUCCUUUACACAUAAGUGGAAUUGGAUUGCAAAAACCGAAUGGAGGUGUUUCAUGAUUCUUGCUUGGUGGUAACAAGUCUUAAGCGCUCGUAGUGCUGAACAUCGACUGCAAAAGAGAAAACAUGCAGGUCUCUCGGCCAUACCGGCAUACCCACAAAAAGGGCUAAAAAUGUGUGAUAAAUGAAGUAAAGAUGUGGGCCAAAUAUGGCUCGCAUCAGUCUUGGAUGCCCAGAUGUAGAAGAGUAGUUUUAUCCAAGAUAUAGCAUCAGGUGUUUGGAAAUUUAUCAUCCAUUCCACCUGAAGUCCUGCUAGUUUUAUACACUCCCAUAUUUUUGCCUAUUUAAUUUGUCCUCUGUUGCCAUCCUUUCACUUGGUGUUCCUUGAACCAAUAAUUUUCUCACUUGUCUCUCAUCCUUUGUAUUUGAAAGGUGACGUUUGUAAAGUGAUGUUUUAAUAAUUUAAUACAAAUUUACAUUUAAAAAAAUAUUUUGUCAGCUCUCAAUGAGCAGCAUUUUUGCCCAAAAUUUUGCCCAAAACCUUGUAUUCCAAUUAGAAUGGAAGGGAAUGCCCUAACCGAAUAAGAAUAUUCAAUCCGACCCUUCAAUCAGAAUAAAUGGGCUGAAUUUGAAUGGAAUUUAAUCCGGCUUCACUGUGGCAGUGUAUUUUUGCCAAUCGAUAGAAGUCCUGUAUACAAUUCACCCUGUCUGUACAUGCUCUGUCUUAACAGAAAUGCAUAGUGACGUCCAUUAUAAACAUGAAAUUAAGCCAGUUUCUAAUCAAAAUUAAUCUGAGGUGGAAGAACUUUUGUUUUUGUCAAGCUUUUUCUUUAAUAUCUAAUCAAGAACCCCCACGUCACACAUCUGUUGAACAGUUAAGAUUAAACAGAGUUGCACAAGUACACUCCUAUAGAUAGAUCAAAUCAUGAUAUAUAAAGAAUUAUUUAAAUGACAAUGAAAAAGAUUCUGCAUGUAAAACAAGCUUAAGUAAAUUUACAUGUGAAGAAAGUCAAGUUGGAGCUGUUGCUUGAACAACAUUAGCCGUAAUAUUCUAGACUAAACCCCACCACCCAAAAAGUUUCUAAAAAGCUAUUUUCUAAAAGUCCCAACAGUUCUUGUCAGCACUAAUAAUAAUAGGUUUAUACCAAUGUGUUUGUGUGCAUAUAUACUAGGGGUAUGCCAUCUUAGGCACCCCACGAUUCGAUUUGAUUAUGUUUCAGGGUGCUACCAUUCCAUUAUUGAACGAUGAUCACUGUAUUGACGAUGCUCACGGUUAUCAUGAUUAUCACGAUUAUCGAUGCAUCGUACAUUACUAAUUAAUAAAGUAGACAAACAAAUUUAUGUCUAUUAUUUAUUUAAAAUAUCCUAAUGAUUCAACAGGAAAGAUGGAAACAUGCCCAUACAACAAAAAGCUGCUCUUAAACCGCUAUUUUUUUUUUUAAACAAGAAAGUGCAAAAACAUUAACCAUUUUAUAGGCAGUACUUAUUCAACAUGCCCAUACAAAACACAGCUGACCUUGAGAUACUCUUUUUCACAAGAAGGUGCAAAAACAUUAGCUGUUUCAAAGGCAGUACUUAUUUCUCUCAACAUUACAAUAAAAUUUACACUGGUGGAAUGAAUUCUACAUUUUCUGGAAACAAAGAGAGUGUUUUUAGAAAUAAGACUUCUUUUAACCAGUAUACCUUGCUGUCACAGAUUUCUGUACUAUUUCGCAUGUUUGUAGUGUUACCGCUGUACUUAAUCCCGGUUUUAAACGUUCUGCAUCUGGAGUAAUUUAUGAACACCACCAAACAAUGCACAACUUGACAUGGAAAAAUAUGUUAGCGAAGUUGCUAAUUAGCAUGGCGCUUGGCGCUAACUAGUAACUUCUCAAAAACAACAACAAUAAAGGCUAAACAGUACAAGAGGGUUCGUGUACUCACCUCUGAUAGACGGACACGGACUUAACAAAACACUAGGGACUUUUUCCAAUUAACACGACUUAAACCUACCUCUGGACAACUGAAAGACAAGGAGAAAUGAACUAUCUCUCUUCCCCUCUCGCUCUAAAAAAUAACUUGCGCACAGAAGUGUGACCGCUGAGUCCCUGCCUGUCUCAUACACAAAUUUAUUUUCCAGUCUUUUGAAAAAGAGUAAAUCUCUCGCUCAGUAACCGGCCAGUGGCGCCUCCAGAAAUGUUUCAUAGGGGUGGCCAGAUGGGGCCACUUAAAAUCUUGGGGUAGCACACCAAAACCAAAAGCCAUAAUUUCAGGUUUUCAUUAUAUUAUUGCAGUAAAAAGGUUAGGGGAAAACUUUCAGAAAGACUUAAGGACACGGCUACUGAUAUACUUUGGUGUAUUGUGUAAUAUUUGAUGUUACUAAUGAUUUAAUGUGCAUAGUCCAUAGUCCUGCCUGUGCAUUUGGGAUUAAAUGUAUAACCGAUGCUACAACAAUCUAACGAUACACUGGCAAGCAGGGUGGCCAGUGGGGUGGCCAACAAAUUGAUAGGGGGGGCCGUGGCCACCCCUGGCCGCCCCCUGGUGGCGCCACUGUAACCAGCUAUAUCCAUCCUAAUGUUGUGCAUGCGUCCGUUAAAGGUGUUCUAGCGGCAGACGUGUCUUGAAUUUCGUUCCGCUACGAGCGGCUGUCAUAAAGUUAUUAGGAAAAAUCAUCGUUUUUGAACAUUUAUGAAUCGUAAUCGAAUCGUCUCGUGUCGAAUCGCGAUGCAUUUAAUAAUCGAUUUUUUGGCACUCCCUUAAUAUAUACACACAUACCAUACAAUGGCUGUAAACAUUACGGUCCUCGCAAUUCGAGUCAGCGCUCAAAUAAUAGGAGCAAAAGACUAUUUAGUUGCAAGAACAUAAUACUGUUUUUCCAUAAAUGACAACGCAGAGGUGCAGUGUUUCUUGAAUAUAAAUAUGCACUCUAAAGGUUAACAACUCAAUGCUAAAAAUGAUCCCUCUUGGUUUGUUUUUCAAACUCUUAUCUGACUCAGGUCUGCCAAUGUGUAGCAAGAGAACAAACUAUGGCAAGUGGUAUGGAACAAAUGACUCUCAUUUGUCAUGUUGAUUAUUUUCAUCGGUUGGGUUCAAGUCGGGCCUUUCUGAUCCUUCUGGCCAAGUGUUUUUCAUUGUGUAGACCUUUAGUGGGCACACAUACACAUGUAUGCAUUAUGCGGAGACGUAAACAUACUGUUUUUAGUAGCUGAGACAUCACCGUCGAACCCCUGCAGAAAAGACUAUUUUAAAUAGUAUUGAGUCCUUCCAUGCCACCCCAUGUUGGAGAUAUGCAAUAUAUUGCAGUGUUAGUGGUAGUAGUAGUUAGACAAAUAAGAAUAGAGAAGAUUCUAUUUAUGUAAUUGAAUAAAAAUGGUAAUGGGAUUGAAAGGUCACAGAAAGGAUGAUGAUGUUGUGUGAUGUGUAACGUAAUGACCCCAAUGUCCCUCGCGUACACACACAUGCACACCUCUCUUUCCUUCCCCCAAAUUGCAUGUGCAGUUCUGUUUCUGUUUUGCUGAAUGUCA